GUACCCUAAGAACCAUUGCUGUAGGAUAUUUGAGAAACAUAAAAGUGGUAAAAGCCCCAGAUCUUGUCCCCUUUUUCUUCCCAACCUCAUGGUCUUUGAAAUACCCAGAGCCUGGUCUUUCUCCCAGACAACAGCCAAAGGAAGGGAGGAUUCAUCAGGAAAGAGCCCAGGAUCACCCAACUGAACCCAAGUGCUCAAAACCAGCUUUGCCAAGAAGUCUAAGAUGUAGGCUCUCAUGGGCUCUUCUUUCCCAUCCCCACAGGGCUCCCAAUCACAGGGGAAUGGCUGCCGAAAAUCACUCUACAGUGACCGAGUUUAUUCUCAGGGGAUUGACAAAUCGGCCAGAGCUCCAGCUCCCCCUCUUCCUCCUCUUCCUUGGGAUCUACUUGGUCACCAUCAUAGGGAACCUGGGCAUGUUCACACUGAUUUGUCUGAAUGCUCAGCUUCACACCCCCAUGUACUACUUCCUCAGCAAUCUGUCCCUUGUGGAUCUCUGCUACUCCUCUGUCAUUACCCCGAAAAUGCUGGUGAACUUUGUGUCAGAGAAGAACAUCAUCUCCCAUGCGGGGUGCAUGUCACAGCUCUACUUCUUCGUUGUGUUUGUCGUGGCAGAGUGUUACAUGCUGACAGUGAUGGCCUAUGACCGCUAUGUCGCCAUCUAUACCCCUUUGCUCUACAGUGUCAUCAUGUCUCCUCAAGUGUGUUCCCUGCUGAUGGCUGCGGCCUAUGCCAUGGCUUUCAUUGGCGCAACAAUAGACACUGGCCUGAUGUUAAAACUGUCCUACUGUGAGUUCCUCAUCAGUCAUUACUUCUGUGACAUCGUGCCCCUCAUGAAGCUCUCCUGCUCUAGCACCUAUCAUAUUGAGAUGACAGUGUUCUUUUUGGCUGGAUUCAACAUCAUAGCCACCAGCUUAACAGUCCUUGUUUCCUACGUCUUCAUCCUCUCCAGCAUCCUCCACAUCAGCACCACACAGGGAAGGUCCAAAGCCUUCAGCACCUGCAGCUCUCACCUUGCAGCUGUGGGAAUGUUCUAUGGAUCUACAGCGUUCAUGUACUUAAAACCCUCCACGGCCAGUUCUGUGGCCAAGGAGAAUGUGGCCUCCGUGUUCUACACCACGGUGAUCCCCAUGCUGAACCCCCUGAUCUACAGCUUGAGGAAUAAGGAGGUAAAGGCUGCCGUGCAGAAAACACUGAGGAGAAAACUUCAGAUGCAAAUGCCAUGUAGAAAGCACUGAGGGGAAAAAAUGUUUUGAGGUAAAUGUUAUUCUUUUUCGAUUUUAAAAUUAAGUUGUGUUACAGAGGGAAGCUCUCUGAAUGCUUGCCCGGCCACAAUGGGAAGCAUUAACUUGGGUACAUAGUUGAAUGAGUGCCUCCUCCCCUUCAUCCUUCUUCGUUCCCUCCCUCUCUGGACUCUCAUUUCUGCUUGAAACCAAAUCAUUUCAAGUUCAUAUUUUCUUUCACUUGAAAUCCAUUUUCUCUCCUGAACCCUUUGGUAAACAUUUACUAAAAAUUUUAAACUUUCAGCUUUGAGGGACACCUGGGUGGCUCAGUCAGUUAAGCGUCUGACUUUUGGU